GCCAACUACAUGAUUGUGUUCCUCCAGAUACACACAUUGUUGUUAUUACAGAGUAUCGAUUCUAGAGUAAAAUGACUAAUUUCCUCCAUUUCUCUCAGUUUUUGAUGUUCAUUUGUGUUUCAGGGAUGGAUAACUCCCUGUUGCCGUUGGCAGAUGCUGCUCUGGCUCCACCUUCUGGUGCAAAUGUGCCCUGCAGAUGCCUGGAGGUCAGACGGAGGGAGGGGAGCCUCCAGUCCCUCCAGCUGCGGCUCCUGUUCCUUAAGAGCAAAGCAGAUUGCUUACAGAACUGCCUCGUCAGUGGGUAGGGUCCUGGCUGGUCAUGAUUCACUAUUUUUGUCUGGGUACUUCUACUAUUUUGUGAAGUUUCCUGUUUGUUCUGGCAGGCAGGGCUAUUUACAGGGAGAUGCUCUUGCUGCUGCAGUGGUCAGCCUCCUGCACACCUGCCAGCCUUACUUUAACUACCUGGAAUCCACAGCUAGGAGCACCAUGUUCCAACACAUCUAUCUGCCUGCUGACAUCUGCUUUCCAAGGCUGUUGGACUUCUCUCAGCAGCUGUGUGACAGGUUGGAGCAGCUGGUGUUGACCUUCGCCAGCUAUAAUCUUCUCUGUUUGGAUGACACUGAUCCUAUCGGUGUGUCUUACUUCUGCAUUGGUCAGUUUCAGCUCAACCAACUGAGGCUGACCAUUUUCCGUUACUGUAAGCCGACACCGUACCUGGCCCGGAUCAACACUGGACUGUACAAAUGCAUGCGCUGGAACGUGGAGCGACUCCAAGACAAACAGCAGAAAGACAAAGAGCAUGCAGGAGAGAGCGACGAGGAAGAAAGAGGCGUUGCAACUGACUACUACUUCCUGUGCUACGAGGACAUUCCAAAUGGCCACGCCUACACUGACGAGGACAACCAAAGCGUCUCUAAUUACAACAUGGUGAGGAUGUGGUCCAUCGGUCAGUGGGUGCAGCUGUACCCUGAUCCUGACACAGAGGAUAUCUUUGACUGGAUCUUGUGCGACGUCCCACAGGCCGACUAUCGCAGGCUGCUGUUUCUGGGCAGUGAUGAGCCGUCGUGCUGCAGCGCUACAGACUACCUGCAGCAGCUGCUGUCCUCACACCUGACAGGCUGACAUGAGGCGCUACAGGGUGAAUCGUGUCUGUUAAUGGAGAAGUCAUACCGCAUGUAGAGACUAGAGCAGUUCGACUCUCACAGGACGUUAAAGGAAAAUUGUUAAGCUAGUGUUCAGCUGAUGAGAGAUUCUCAGGUUAAACAUCUAGUUUCAAAUUCAGGACCGGUUGAUUCACACAGCGUCAAGUUUGUGUGACCACCUUCAAAGAGGAGAAGGUGUGUUUUCAUAAUAAGCUGUGUUAAAAGCAACGUUUUAUAGUCUAAGAUAGUUGUAUGAAGGAUACUGUGAUGUUUGCUGUUC